AUGCAUGUAUACACCAUGGCAGAUGCAGGGGCAGUAAUACACACCCACUCGAAGCACGCAGUGAUGGCUACGCUUCUCUUCCCUGGCACGGAAUUCCGUAUCACUCAUCAGGAAAUGAUCAAAGGAAUCAAAAAGAGAAACAAAUCUGAGCAUUACCAGUUCGACGAAGAGCUUGUAGUACCGAUUAUUGAGAAUACUCUGCAGGAACGAGAUCUGAAGAAGCGUAUGGCCAUCGCCAUGGAGGAUUACCCAGAAUCUUGUGCAAUCUUAGCGCGACGACACGGCGUCUAUGUUUGGGGACCCACUUGGGAGAAAGCUAAGACCAUGUGUUAGUGUUAUGACUAACUAUUUGAGAUUGCCGA